AUGUACGGCGGCACACCCGGAGGUCCUGGGUUCGAGUCCCGGGUCGGGCCAAGUUUAGUUAUUGAUUCUUUCUGUAUAGUAAGCCUCAGUAGCCCGGAGUUGGGAAGUUGGCGGUGUUUCACCCCCGUGCCUCAGGGAGCACGUAAAGCCGUCGGUCCUGCGCCCCGGUCGUGUCGAACAGAUGUCCCACCGGAGUAUGACAGUGACAGGAAUAAAGAGUGCACUUGUGUCUGCGCGUACACUUGUGCACUA